AUGCGCUCCGAGGGCGCGGCCCCCGGGCGGGUGGCGCCGCUGUGCCGGGCGCUGAGCCUGGUGCUGGCCGCGCUGCUGGGCAGAGUGAUCGAGGGCCGUGGGGUCACAGACAACAUCCAGAGGUUUUCCUCGCUGCCCCCUUAUCUGCCCGUGACCUACCACGUGCUCAGAGCGGAGACCUCCUUCUUCCUGAAGGAAACCAACCAGGACUUGACACGCAACUCCAGCCUGCGGUCCCGAGUCGAGUCUUUCUUCCCCUACAAAGCCAGGCGGCCCCCGAUCUUAAAUGCCAGCUAUGGGCCUUUUUCGGUGGAAAAGGUCGUGCCCCCGGACCUGAUGUCGACUCCAGACUUUUUGGGUCCCACCGACAAGGUUAGUUUCAACUGGAAGCUGAAAGCGCACGUCCUGCGGGACAAGGUCUCCCUGAGCCGGCCCCGCGUGCAGGUGCUGUUCCACGUGGUGGGCAGGGACUGGGACGACGCCGGCCCCGCGCAGAGGCUGCCCUGCCUGCGCGUGUUCGCCUUCCGGGAGACCCGGGAGGUGAGGGGCAGCUGCCGGCUGCAGGGGGCCCUGGGGCUGUGCGUGGCGCAGCUGGAGCUCCCGGCCGGCUGGUUCGGGCCCCCCACGGUGGUGGCCGGGAGGAAGAAGUCGCCCGAGCCCCCCGAGGGCAGCCUCGUGGAGCUCUACUACGCCCUGCAGCCCGGGGACGAGCGCGGAGACUGUGCCGGCGGCGACGUCCGGAAGGGCAAUGCCAUCCGCCCCGGGAAGGACGGGCUGGAGGAAAGCACGUCCCACCUGCAGAGGAUCGGUGCCGUCGGCCUCUACCGGGCCCAGGACAGCGCCCAUCUCAGCGAGCUGCGUCUGGAUGGCAACGUGGCCGUCUGGCUGCCCUCCCGGCCGGCCAAGCAAGGAGACGUGGUCACUGCCUAUGUCACCGUGGCCAGCAAUUCCACCGUGGACUUCUUCAUCUUGAGAGCCAAGGUGAAGAAGGGGGUGAACAUCUUGAGCACGCGGACCAGCGAGCCUCGCCAGUGGGACGUCAAGCAGGAGCUGGGCAACGGCGGCAAGCACGCCACCGCCGCCGUGGUGUGCCAGCGCCUGGCGCCCGGCACGCGCAACAGAAGCAGCAGUUUAUCCAAUGAGGUUGUGCAGAUGAACUUUGAAAUCGCCAGCUUCAGCAGCCUGUCGGGGAGCCAGCCCAUCACCUGGCAGGUGGAAUACCCGCGGAGGGGGACCACAGACAUCGCUGUGUCUGAGAUCUUCAUCAGCCAGAAAGACCUGGUUGGCAUCGUGCCCUUGGCCAUGGACACUGAGAUUCUGAACACCGCCAUCCUCACGGGAAAGACAGUUGCCAUGCCCAUCAGGGUGGUCUCCGUGGAGGAGACCAGUGCUGUGACGGAUAUCUCGGAGUCGGUGGAAUGCAAGUCCACAGAUGAGGAAGUCAUCAAAGUGUCCGACCGCUGCGACUACGUCUUUGUCAAUGGCAAAGAGAUGAAAGGCAAGGUGGACACGGUGGUGAACUUCACAUACCAGCACCUGAGCGCCCCCCUGCACAUCACCGUGUGGGUGCCCCGGCUGCCCCUGCAGAUCGACGUCUCUGACACGGAACUGAGCCAGAUUAAAGGCUGGAGGGUCCCCAUCGUGGCCACUAAGAGGCCCACGCGAGACAGCGAGGAUGAGGAUGAGGAGGAGAGGCGGGGCCGAGGCUGCGCCCUACAGUACCAGCAUGCCACCGUGCGGGUCCUCACUCAGUUUGUGUCUGAGGGCGCCAGCCCCUGGGGCCGGCCAAGGCACCUGCUCAGUCCCGACUGGCAGUUCGACAUCACCCACCUGGUUGCAGACUUCAUGAAGCUGGAGGAACCCCAUGUGGCCACUCUCCAGGACAGCAGGAUCCUGGUCGGGAGGGAGGUUGGCAUGACAACCAUCCAGGUGCUGUCCCCAUUGUCUGACUCCAUCCUGGCCGAGAAGACAGUAACCGUGUUAGAUGACAAAGUCUCGGUGACAGACCUGGCCGUCCAGUUCGUGGCUGGGCUGUCUGUCACCCUGCACCCCAGCACAGAGAACAGCAAGGCCGUCACGGCUGUGGCCACAGCUGAGGAGCUGCUGAGAACCCCCAAACAGGAAGCCGUGCUCAGCACUUGGCUCCAGUUCAGCGAUGGCUCAGUGACACCUCUGGACAUCUACGACACCAAGGACUUCACCCUGACCGCCACCUCCCUGGACGAGGCCGUCGUGUCCGUCCCCCAGCCCCGCUCGCCCGGGCGGCCCAUUGUCACGGCCGAAGGGGAAGGCCAGGGACCCCUGGUCCGAGUGGACCUGACCAUCGCAGAGGCUUGCCAGAAAUCCAAGCGCAAGAGCGUCCUGGCCGUGGGCGUCGGCACUGUCAGGGUCAAGUUCGGCCAGAACGACGCCGACUCCAGCCCCGGUGGGGACCACGGGGAGGCCGAGAUGAAGAACCACGCCAGCGACCGGCGCCACAAGGGCCAGGAGGGGCACUGGUACGGCAGCUCCUCCGCGGAGCGCGAGGAGGGGGCCCUCCGGAGGGGCAGCCCCACGGCCAAGUCGCUGCUGGACAACAAGGUGGGCAAGAACAGCCGGCUGGACGGGGGCCGGCUGGCGGGCGAGGGCCAGCUGCAGACCAUCCCCAUCGACUUCGCCAACUUCCCGGCGCAGGUGGACCUGCCGCAGGCGGGGGACGGGCCGGGGCCCGGCGACCUGGUGCAGACGCCCCGCGGCCUGAGCGACCUGGAGAUCGGCAUGUACGCCCUGCUGGGGGUCUUCUGCCUGGCCAUCCUCGUCUUCCUCAUCAACUGCGCCACCUUCGCCCUCAAGUACAGGCACAAGCAGGUGCCCCUGGAAGGCCAGGCCUCCGUGACCCACUCGCACGACUGGGUGUGGCUGGGCAACGAGGCGGAGCUCCUGGAGGACGUGGGCGACGCGUCCCCCCGGCAGGACGAGCACACGACCGUCAUAGACGAGAGCAACCGUCUCCUGCUCAACGGAGGUUCCCAAAAGCACGGGCAGAGCCAGGUCCCCAGGCCCGCCGACUCCGGGGACAGGCAGGGCAGGGGCCAGACGCACGAGCCCCUGCACUCACCCACCUCCAAGAGGAAAAAGGUGAAGUUCACCACCUUCACCACCAUCCCCGCCGACGACAGCUGUCCCACCGUGAACUCCAUCCUCGGCGGCACCGACGAGGACAUCAAGUGGGUGUGCCAGGACGUGGGCGUGGGCGCCCCCAGAGAACUCAGAGACUGCCUGGAGAAGUUCAAGGACAAAGCCUAGGCCCCUCUGGCGGAAGGGCCAGCGCUUGGACGCCCUCCUUCGGUUCCAGAGCAGAUCUGGGGCUG